AUGGCAAUCCUACUUUCUUUCUUUCUCUCUUUCUUUGUCUAUCUAUCUAUCUAUCUAUCUAUCUAUCUAUCUAUCUAUCAUAGUUUGUUUAAAUCAAUCAAUCAAUCUAUCUAUCUAUACUCACACAAUAGCGCACAUAGUUUUGUUUUCUCUCUCUCUGUUCUCGCUAUCUUUUCUCGUCUACCCAUUUCUAUAUAUGGCAUUCUUUCUUUCUUUCUUUCUUUAGAUCAAUCCUUCUUUCUUUCUUUCUUUCUUUCUUUCUUUCUUUCUUUCUUUCUUUCUUUAUCUAUCUAUCUAUCUAUCUAUCUAUCUAUCUAUCUAUCUAUCUACACAUCGAAACAAGAAUAUUCUCUUCGGAUCUAUCUAUCUAUCUAUCUAUCUAUCUAUCUAUCUAUCUAUCUAUCUAUCUAUCUCAGUUUUUUUCAUAUCUAUCUAUCUAUCUAUCUAUCUCAGUCUUCUAAUAUCUAUCUAUCUAUCUAUCUAUCUAUCUAUCUAUCUAUCUAUCUAUCUAUUAACUUAUUGUUUUAG